GCGCGGUGACGUCACGCGGCGUGCGCCGCUGCUGGUGAACUCUGAACGCGAGAGACGCAGUCGUGCAAAAGCGUGUUGAAUUUGCACUCGAUCCGGAUCAAAACGCGAUAAAUGAAGCGAGACAGCCGUCAGUGUGCUCGUGUUUAACCACAAUACGAGCGGAGCGAUGGUUAACCGAGAGUUUGUGUGGUAAACAACUGCUCAGCACUGACAGCGAACAGUCCAGCCACAAGUUACCAAGUUGAAGGGCGCCGUGUGUCAAUCACUCUCAAGCCCCGCCCAUCAUGACGGAGGUCAGCGUGGUGAAGGAAGGCUGGCUCUAUAAACGAGGUGAGUACAUCAAGACCUGGAGGCCGCGCUACUUCAUCCUGAAGAGUGACGGAUCCUUCAUGGGCUAUAAGGAGAAGCCGGAGCUAACGGAUCAGAGCUCGGCUCCGCUCAAUAAUUUCUCUGUGGAAGAGUGUCAGCUGAUGAAGACCGAGCGUCCGCGGCCAAACACCUUCAUGAUCCGCUGCCUGCAGUGGACGAGCGUCAUCGAGAGAACCUUCCACGUGGAGAGCAGCGAGGAGAGGGACGAGUGGAUGCGUGCGAUCCAGGCCGUGGCCAAUGGGCUGCAGGCGCGGGAAGCGGACGAACCGAUGGAGAUCAAGUACAGCUCUCCCGGUGACGUCUGCGGUCUGGAGGACAUGGAGGUGUCUCUGUCCAAAUCCAGCUCCAGAGUGACGAUGAAUGACUUCGAUUACCUGAAGCUGCUGGGUAAAGGCACGUUUGGGAAGGUGAUUCUGGUGCGAGAGAAAGCCUCGGGGGUGUACUACGCCAUGAAGAUCCUGCGGAAGGAAGUCAUCAUCGCUAAGGUGACAGACUCUUUACUAACCAACCCGAUUCCAACUCUUAAAUAUGCCUUCCAGACCCCUGACCGGCUGUGUUUUGUGAUGGAGUAUGCUAACGGAGGAGAGCUGUUCUUCCAUCUGUCCCGUGAGCGUGUCUUCUCUGAGGACAGAGCGCGCUUCUACGGCGCUGAGAUCGUCUCCGCUCUCAACUAUCUGCACUCACAGAACGUCGUCUACAGGGACCUGAAGCUGGAGAACCUCAUGCUGGAUAAAGACGGACAUAUGAAGAUCACAGACUUUGGUCUCUGUAAGGAGGGAAUCACAGAUGAGGCCACCAUGAGAACGUUCUGUGGAACCCCAGAAUACCUUGCGCCGGAGGUGCUGGAGGACAAUGAUUACGGCCGCGCAGUGGACUGGUGGGGUCUGGGAGUGGUGAUGUACGAGAUGAUGUGCGGACGCUUGCCCUUCUACAAUCAGGACCACGAGCGGCUCUUCGAGCUCAUCGUGAUGGAGGAGAUCCGUUUCCCCAAGAACCUCUCGCCUGAAGCCAAAGCGCUGCUCACCGGCCUGCUGAGGAAAGACCCCAAACAGAGGCUCGGAGGCGGAGCUGAUGACGCCAGAGAAGUGAUGGGGCACAAGUUCUUCUCCGGUAUUCACUGGGAAGAUGUGCUGCAGAAGAAGCUGGUGCCGCCCUUUAAACCGCAGGUGACGUCAGAGACGGACACACGCUACUUUGACGAUGAGUUCACAGCGCAGAGCAUCACUGUUACACCGCCAGACAAGCAGAGCCGUCAGGAUGUGGAGGACGCUGGGCCGGUCGCUCACUUCCCUCAGUUCUCUUACUCCGCCAGCAUACGAGAGUGACCGACUCGUCUCUGCUGACGACCCAUAAUGCAUCAUGAUGGACUCUGAGCGACUGCCAGCGCAGACGAAGCUGAAGUCAUGUGGUGUGUGUACAGAUGGAUCUCUCUCUCUCUCAAUGAAUGUAUUGAUUACCGGUGCUCAGAAUGUAAAGCCAAACACGCUGCUGUCAUUACGAUCUCAUAAUCAUACGUCUGGAUGUUGAACAGCAUGUGAUUUUAAGGCUGUUUCACUCAUGAGGUCACAGAGAAACACUAGUGUCAUGAUUAGAAUCUACAAACAUUAAAGAUGUUCAUCCUGUCCUUUAGAUUGACCAAUGAUCACCAGUGUGUCUGCUUUCAACCUGCUCGUGUUUUUAGGCUCAAAUCUGCUUCAUCUCUUCACUCUAAAACCUCGUAGAUGAUCUGUUUGGCUUACAUGUUUCUACAAACCCUGCCAACAUACAAAACACAUGCAGAAGAAUAAUUAGCAGAUCUGCACAUAUUCAGCCUGUGCAUCAUUCACUAUAUCCUAGUGCUGUCACACAAUUAAUCACAUCCAAAAUAAAAGUUUU